CACCCUUUGUGUUGCUCACCGCCAGUCAAUCAAAAUAGAACCAAAUCUUGACAGUUAUCACCUGUUUCUACGCGGCUGCCGUCAAUACCAACUGCCGGCCAUGUCGGUUUGGUUGUAACUGUCAAGAUUUUCCGUUUAACGGCAAGUCACGCCAUGACUGCGCCAGAACAGCCGCUAAAAGCAGAUGAAAUGGCCGCUUCUUUGGACGUGAACAGCAGCCAGAGCAACUUUUUGCAACACGAAGACGGCACGGGCAAUCGGGAUAUUGAGUCCUCGUCCCUUGACCUGCUUGCAACCACCUGCACUAAGGUUGGCUCACCGGCAUCAGAGGUGGACAGAGGUGAUGCCGCCGGUGUGACUACAGAUGAAACAUCUGCUCAUCUUACUGUGUCUGAUAAAUGGGAGCUAUUGGCCCCCACCACAGCUGCAAAGGAUGACCCCGGGAUGAUACAGAUCCAAGGCCAAGGAAUAUUAACACCAAAUGGACAGUUCGUACUUCCUCUCCAGAGUUUGCAGAGUCAGCCGAUUUUUGUGUCAUCAGGAAGCGACACUGCCUCUGUCAAUUCAGUGCCUAACAUUCAGUACCAAGUAAUUCCUCAGAUUCAGACUGCAGAUGGACAGCUGAGCUUCACCACCACUGGCAUGGAAGGAGCAACUCUGAGUCAGGAUGCGGCGGGACAGAUUCAGAUCUUGCCUGAUGGUAGCCAGGGUCUCUGUGUGACAUCCACUGCAAACAUCCUUACGAACAACCAGAGCCUCAUAUCACAGACUGGGAAUAUCCAGCAGAUCCAGGGGAUUUCUAUUGGCAGCUCCGCAUUCAACAACCAGGGUCAGGUUGUUACAAAUGUGCCUGUGGGUUUGCCAGGGAACAUUACUUUUGUUCCUAUUAACAGCAUAGACCUGGACGCACUAGGCCUAUCUGGAGCCCAGACUAUAGCAACAGGCGUCACCGCUGAUGGCCAGCUAAUCAUGGCGAACCAACCGGGGAGUGGCUCCGGACGUCAAGAGAAGACCGAUGAUCCUCUCUCACAAACACUACCAGUAAAUGACGCCAACGCUGAGCUUUUUGUGCCAACGUCUUCCUCCCAGCUACACAUCCCGACCAGUGAAGCGAGUCUCCUGACCCAAGCCGCCUCGCUAUCAAGCGUGGCUACACAACAGUCUGACUCGACCACUGCCCUCCAGCAGGGCUUCAUCCAACAGACUCAAGAGCAGAACAUCCAGACGACAUCUGCUCAGCCCAUCGUCCAGCUGCAGCAGGUGCCGCUGCAGACCACCAAUGGGCAGGUGAUCCAGUCAGUAGCUACAGGCAGCCAGGGUGUGCAAAACCUGCAGCUGAUCAACCCUGGGACCUUCAUCAUCCAAGCCCAGACGGUGACCCCGUCAGGCCAGAUACAGUGGCAGACCUUCCAGGUGCAAGGUGUGCAGAACCUACAAAACCUUCAGCUUCCCAACACUGUCCCUCAGCAGAUUACCCUGGCUCCAGUCCAGACGCUCUCACUGGGUUCCAGUCCAGUCAGUGUCAACUCUGGGCAGAUCCCCAACCUGCAAACAGUGACAGUCAACUCAGUGGCACAACAGGAAGGAAAUGCCGACCUGCCUGGAGAAAUCCGGAUAAAGCAGGAGCCGGACUCGGGAGACUGGCAGCUAAGCUCUGAUUCUACCCUAAACACCAGCGAUCUGUCCCACCUUCAGGUCAGGCUGGUGGAGGACGACGAGUAUAUAGGCCUGGGAGGCAAGAGGCUGCGUAGGGUGGCGUGCACUUGCCCCAACUGUAAAGAGUCUGGUGGGAGGGGCGCUGGCGUGGGGAAGAAAAAGCAACACAUCUGCCACAUCAUAGGUUGUGGAAAAGUGUACGGAAAGACGUCACACCUGCGAGCACACCUGCGGUGGCAUUCCGGGGAGCGACCUUUUGUCUGCACCUGGAUGUACUGCGGGAAGAGGUUCACGCGCAGUGAUGAACUGCAGAGACAUAGGAGAACACACACAGGCGAGAAGAAGUUUGUGUGCCCUGAAUGUUCCAAGCGCUUCAUGAGGAGUGACCACCUGGCCAAGCACAUCAAAACUCACCAGAACAAAAAAGGUGUGAAUUCUGGCAGCGCCAUGGUGACGUCCGUGGAGUCUGCAGGGUCCUCGGACAGUCUCAUCACCACGCCAGGCGGGACCACCCUCAUCCUCACCAACAUCCAGCAGGGCUCCAACAAUGCCCAGGACAUCCUGGCCAAUGCAGAGAUCCCCCUGCAGCUCGUCACCACCUUAGCAGCCAGCGAAAUCAUUGAGUGAUUGACGUGCCCCCCACAAACUCACGUGAUACGGUUCUCGUAUACUCCUAUCUGCGUUUUUAUUCCAUUUUUGAAGAAGAAAAAAAUUAUUAUAUAUAUUUUACCAUUGAAAGAGAAAUUCUUGUCCACUCUGCUAUGAAGUGGAGGUAAGGAUAAAAAAAGACAUUGCAGUAAUUACACAAGGAAAUGCCUUAUUUUGUACAAUAUAGUGUAGUUGUAGGUAUAGGGUGUCCUCAAUCAAUUUUGUUAAUGUUUUUCAGCCUUUUCUUAUCUUAACCUUAUGCCCUUGUUCCCCUUUCUCAAAACAAAGUUUCGCCUCCAAGUAAAUUCUAUCCUGUUUAAUUACUGUAUUUGAUGCAAAUGUAUUUAUGCUUUUAUUAUUUUAUUUUUUUCUCAUUUUCUUUGUGGUGCAUUUUGCCACAGUCAGCGUGCUUCCAGUUUAGCAAAUCUCGCACUGCAAUUUUUGGGUGGAAACAAUAAAAUUUUUUCCAAUUUCACUUCAACAGGACCAACACGUCAUCAGAUCAUUUGGUAUUUUUCACUAAACAUAUUUAUGUUGGAAACAUAAUAUUGUGUUUCCAGCUAAAGGCAACUCUUUUAAAUGGGUAAUUGUGAGAAAUUGCAUUUUUGUAAAGACUUUGUUGAGGCUGUUUUUUUUUUCUCUUU